AAAAAAAUUAAAUCCUCCAUCUUAUCAAUUUGCAUUGGAAAUUGUUAGCACAUAUCAAAUCUAAUUGACAAUAAGUGUGAAUGUAUAUGAUGAUAAAUGAGGAGACAAGGUCAGGACGUCAUGCAGGUGAAUUUGGCAGGUAUCAGGCGAGAUAUUGUUAAUCUUGCCCACAACUACAGCAAUGCACAGAAAGCUGUACGGAAGGCCACCAGCAACGAUCCGUGGGGUCCAUGCAGCACGCUUAUGGCAGAAAUUGCUGACUUAACAUAUAACGUUGUGGCCGUUUCCGAAAUUAUGCAAAUAUUAUGGAAGAGAUUGAAUGAUCAUGGUAAAAAUUGGCGGCACGUGUACAAAGCUUUAGUUCUUUUGGAAUACCUAAUUAAAACAGGAUCGGAAAAGGUUGCACAGCAAUGUAAAGAAAAUAUUUUUGCCAUCCAAACAUUAAAAGAUUUCCAAUAUAUGGAAGGGUCUAAGGAUCAAGGUGUGAAUGUAAGAGAGAAAGCAAAGCAACUAGUGGCCUUAUUAAAAGACGAUGAAAGAUUAAGAAAUGAAAGAGCUAGAGCGCUAAAAGCUAAAGAAAGAUUCGCACAGUCUGUAAGUGGGUUUGGAAGCGAUGGACUAGAUACUAUGUCACCUGUGAGCAAUGAUUUCCAGGAUUGGGAACCGUGCCGUUCAGGAUCCGAAUCUACACCUAGACCUGAAUUGGAAGCUGCAAGGCCACAAACAGUGGGAGAAGAGGUAUUGCAGUUGCAGUUGGCUUUGGCAAUGUCCAGAGAAGAGGCGGAGCAGGAAGAACAAAGAAGACGCAGUGACGACGUUAGACUGCAGUUAGCUCUUAGUCAAAGCCAACAAGAUUUUAAAACCCCUCAAGAGAAACAAAGCCAUAUGCUGGACUUGUUGGACGUUAACCUAGGAGAAGCAAGCGGUGGAUCUAAUGUACAGACCGAUCCUUGGGGUGUACCUAUCACCGCACCACCACCUAGACCACAGUCUUUGGAUUUAUCUCAGUUUUAUAUGUACAAGCCCCAGAAUGAUCCAUGGGGUGUUCCCGCUACGGGUAGUACAUCGCCCAUGAUCGAUCCAUGGGCACCUGUUCCACCGCAGAGACCAACUGCUGCGAUUGAUCCAUGGCGAGCACCUGCGCCAUCACCUGUACCAGUUACGUCUCCACCUACGUCGGAUCCCUGGUUACCGAUACCUUCUGGCGCUGAAACUGACAUAAACAAAAAACAGGCUGGUCGGGAAGGAGCAACAUCUUCUCCAUCUUUCAACAACCCCACUUUAACGCAGAACAUCGGUUUCGCAGCACAAUCGCCGCAGAACAUAGGUUUCAAUUUGCCUGUAACUUCGAGUGCUAGUUUUAACACCACGACCAACGGCUUCAACGGUACCGGGCCUAGUUUUAAUAAUUUCACCGUGGGUAAUCAGAACAGUUCUGCAGCCAGUCCACUAAGCGAUUUAGACGAAUUCGAUGUAAUCACUAACAGAAAUAAGCUUGGAUCUAGUCCACAACCAACAAAUAAUGGAGGUACGCUAUCGCCGGAUCCGUUCGAUUUGGGAGGUAUAGCCGAAAAUCUUCCUACGAGUACAGGAGCUAUUAAGAAGACACCACAGUCGUUCCUCGGGGAGAACUCAGCUCUAGUUAAUCUUGAUAACCUCGUCAGUACUUCUGCGAUCAAACCGACAACACCAACUCCAGCAGCAACCAUGUCAUAUUCAGCAAAUCCAUUUGCGACGGCAACAACACCACCACCCCGUCCUACGAUCAAUCAGAUUCGACAAGAUCCUUGGGCAGCGAAUACAACUACUACAGCGAAUCCGUUCCUCUCGUAGCUCGGCGUUAGAAUUGUCGAAGACAUCAGUGGAAAAAUCAAGAGCACUGUGGUCUAAAAAAGUAUUCGUGGUUUUUAGCGGUAACCCUGUACGGUAUAAGUUUCUUGCUCGCUACGAAGUGGUUUCAUUUCAAGACAUAGACGACAUAUACAGACAGCAGAGAGAAAACGUCCUUUCGAAUGAAAACACUUGG